AUGCAGAUGGCUGGAAGCGAUGCCAUGCGCGGAAUAUCUCAGUCGCACAUGGCCCCUAUUGGGGGAAUACUUUAUGGAACUGUCAAUCUUUUUGACAGCACAACAAUUACGACAUGGGCCGAGCCCUCCGGGUACUUUGCCUUAGAAGCAGCCGGAGUAGUAGAGACUAUUGUCGAAGUCGGAGAAGUGUACGGAUGGAUGACGGCGGCUCUGCGGUCAUCGCCUACCGAGAAAAUCACAACUAUCACAACUAUCACCCCAAUUCUUGAGAUUAGCGCCGAAACCAAUGGCAAGUCGUUCCAGGCUUAUUUUGGCCAGAAACAAUUGGACGGCUCCUUGCGCUCCGUGGGACAGUGCUGGCAGGAUCUCUUCUGGAAUCCGGUUGUUGUUUCCGGAUUUCCCGUACGACGUCGCCAGCCGCGGCAGGAACCAGGCCUUGAAUGCUCGGUCGGCAUGCUGACAGCGCUGCUGAGGACACGGAACUUGGCCGUCUUUUGCGAUAAUGUCUUCAUCAAAGGCUUCUGUACGAUGCUAGUACCGACGAAGUAUUCCAACGGCACGGUGCACUGGCACGUUUUGUUCAAUGAAGACGGGAGUCGGAUUCCCUUACAGACCCCCGCGUUCAUGAUGUUGUCGGAGACUUCGACCUCAGAAAACACCAGACUCUGUCCGACAUCCGUUCAGCCCGUCACAUCGUAG